CUUAGAUCAGAGCGGAGGGUUGUGAAGAGGAAGAACGAACCUACGGCGGAAACGCUUCCAGACAGUUUUUCAACAAAAUUUGGAUUCUAUUAAAAUGGAUUAUACUUCAAGGGAUAUUUUGGUAAUCCUUCUGAUUAUAAUUUUUGGAAUUCACUCUUCAGAGCCUUUUAAUGUGGGAUUAUCAGGAGCGAAGGUGUUUUCCGGGCCUGCGUCAGAAGAGUUUGGUUACACCGUGCAGCAGUUUAUAAAUCACAAAGGAAAAUGGCUCCUGGUUGGGUCUCCCCGAAGUGGUUUCCCACAAAACCAGAAGGGGGAUGUUUACAGGUGUCAAAUCUCAGGGACCAAAACUAACUGCGAUAAACUCAACCUACAGAACUCGGUCAGGAUUCCGUCUGUGAGAAAUAUUGACGCCAACAUGAGUCUUGGUUUGACUGUCACUCCCCUGCCAAAAACAAAUGGAUUUAUGACAUGCGGCCCCCUUUGGGCCCAACAGUGCGGCAGCCAGUAUUUCUACCCCGGGAUCUGCAGUGAAGUGAGCCCUCUCUUCAUCCCUCUGAGCACCUUUUCUCCCGCCAUUCAGACCUGUGGGGGCCCAAUGGACAUUGCAAUUGUUCUGGAUGGAUCUAAUAGCAUUUGGCCAUGGACACCAAUUGUUGCCUUUCUCGAGAAACUGUUACCGACCUUAGACAUUGGCCCAGAUAAUACUCAGGUGAGUGUUAUUCAGUACGCUGUUAAUCCGUCUUUUGAAUUCACUCUCAAUGCCUACAAAACCAAAGAGGACGUUAUCGCGGCUGCCUCGAGGAUAACUCAGAUGCACGGGCAUGAAACUAACACCUUCCAUGCCAUUGAUUUCACCAGGGUUUGGGCUUUCCUCCCCGAGAAUGGCGGUCGACCCGGGGCAGCCAAAGUAAUGGUCGUCGUCACGGACGGAGAAUCUCAUGACAAACGAUUGAGGGACCAGGUCAUUAAGAAAUGCGAGGAGAAAGGGAUAACUCGAUUCGGCAUAGCGGUUCUCGGCUAUUAUAUAAGAAAUGAGAUAGAUACAAAAAAUCUCAUAGCAGAAAUCAAGUCAAUUGCAAGUGCACCUGCAGAAAAGUAUUUUUUCAACGUCUCAGCAGAAGAAGCUCUAUCGGAGAUCGCCGGAACACUCGGGGAACGAAUCUUCAACAUAGAGGGCACUGGGAAAGGAGGAGGUAAUUUCCAAAUGGAAAUGUCCCAGGUUGGAUUCAGCACUCACUAUUCCAAAAAAGAGGAUGUGAUGAUGUUGGGUGCCGUGGGGGCGUACGGAUGGAGUGGGACAGUCGUCCACCAAACUGGAACAAAAGCAAAUAUUUUUCCAAAGACGUCAUUUGAGAAAAUCCUGGAGGACAGGAACCACAGUUCAUUACUGGGUUACUCGGUGACAACCCUGAAUGACGAAAGCUCUGUCUACUAUGUGUCUGGCGCCCCUCGUUCCAACCAUACCGGCCAGGUCCUUGUGUACACCAUAGACACCCAAAAGCAGCCCAAAGUUAUAGAUUCAGAAAAAGGUGAACAGAUUGGUUCCUAUUUUGGAAGCGUGCUGUGUGCCCUGGAUGUGGAUAAGGAUGGAGUAUCAGACGUCCUGUUGGUUGGAGCGCCAAUGUUUAUGACCAACCAAAAGUGGGAAGAAGGAAGAGUUUACCUCUUCUCAGUCACCAAGGGAAUUCUCAGUGAGCAGGGCUUUCUCUAUGGGCCACCGACCUCAGAGAAUUCUCGUUUCGGAAUGGCCAUUUCUGCCAUUCCUGACCUCAACUUAGAUGGCUUCAGUGACAUUGUGGUGGGGGCCCCCUUAGAGGAUCAAAACAGGGGCGCUAUUUAUAUCUACAAUGGUGACAGGAAGACCAUCCACAAGCAGUAUUCUCAGAAAAUUCUAGGUGAAAAAUUAGAUCCCAGACUACAGUAUUUUGGAAGGUCUUUGGAUGCCAAUGGUGAUUUGAACGGUGAUACCAUUCCAGAUGUCUCUGUGGGAGCCUAUGGCAAUGUGGUUCAGCUCUGGUCCAGGGGAUUAGCAACUGUGAAGGCAAAAGUCACUUUCACACCUGACAAAAUCAGUAUCCUUAGUAAACCCUGCAAUAUCAAUGGGAGACAGGUGUCCUGUUUCCAAAGUAGAAUUUGUUUCAGUGCAACUUUCAAGCCUAAAACGACUGUUGGACCUCUUGCAAUAACAUACAAACUGACUCUCGACGCUGAUCUGGAUUCGUCUCGAGUGAGCUCACGUGGCCUGUUCAGCAAAACCAACGAGCGAUUUCUGCAGAAGGAUACUCAGAUUUACGGCAGAGACAUCUGCAACGACCACCAAGUUUACGUGCAGGAAGCUCCUGACUUCAUGAACUCCAUUGGUCUGCGAGUUGACAUCGAGCUUCAGAAACCAGAUGCCAACCCCGUCCUGGAUGUGUUCGCUCCAAAUUCCUGGGAGUUCUUUGUUCCCUUCUCAAAGGACUGUGGCCCUGACGAGGUGUGUGUGGGCGAUCUGGUUCUGAAUGUAAAGAAAGAGAAGGCAGGCCCAAGUGCUUCUGCAAUGCUGGUCAGCUCUAAGAACAGAAGGCUCUCCUUUAACGUCUUGGUGGCAAACAGGAAGGAGAAUGCAUACAACACUAGGGUCGUUGCCACAUUCUCCAAAAAUCUGUUUUACGCCUCCAUAACUCCUCCAAGUGAUGGAACAGAAGUCAAAUGCACAUCUAUCAGGGAAACUCAAGUACUGUCCUGCCAGGUGGCCUACCCGGCCCUCGGGAAAGACCAAGAGGUCAGUUUUGGGAUCAGCUUCGACUUCAACCUGAAACAGCUGCAGAAUGAAGCUCUUGUGAACUUUGAAGCCAAAAGUGACAGUGGGGAAGAGAACCCUGCCGACAACAAAGUUGACAUCUCCAUUCCUAUUCAGUACGACUCUGAAAUCAUCCUUACGAGAGAAACGAAUAUUAAUUUUUAUGUGGUGGAUCAGAAAACUAAAGCAAAGACUACAGUAAAGAAUUACAAUGACAUUGGUCCAGAAUUCAACUUUACACUGAAAGUUUCCACUGUCAACUUUCCAGUCAGUCUGGCCUUCCUCACUGUGUCACUGCCAGUUACCACCAAAGGAGGAAACCCGCUAUUGUAUGUGACUGGUGUCAGCACUGGAUCGGGCGGCGCCGUGAGCUGUGAGGCAAACGGCCUGCUGGACCCACUGCACAUCAGCAGGAAGCCCUUCACGGCCUCCUUCUCCCAGGAGAGCUUCAGGGGAACCAAGGAGCUGGACUGUAAAACUGCUGCAUGCAAUUCCAUGAAAUGUGUGUUCAAAGACAUGGGAAUAAAGAGUGAUUACUUUGUCAACGUCACCACAAGGAUCUGGAAUGGCACAUUUGCCUCUUCAACUUUCCAGUCCAUCAAACUCGCCAUAAAUGCUGAGAUUGAAACAUCCCAGCCUGAGCUGCUAGUCAUCACUAAUAAGAAGUUACUGGUGGAAAUAACGAUCACUAAGCCAGGGGAGAUUGGGGAUCUUCCAAUAGGGGUGAUCGUGGGCAGUGUUCUUGGGGGACUGCUCUUAUUGGCUGCUGCGGUAUUACUAUUGUGGAAGUUGGGCUUCUUCAAGAGCAAGUAUCAGCAACUGCUGAAGAACGCAGAGGCAGAGGGAGCAAACGAGGAGCCACAGGGCACUGGGGCAUGACCAUAAGAAAGCGUGCAAAGAACACACAGCAACAGCAGGUGCAACCCAAGCCAGAGACAAUCCAUCAGAGUGGAGAUUACGUGCACCGCAUUCCUUCCUGCUCGGACUGAGGAGUUCCUGUUGCGGAACUUUAGCUUCAGCAACGCAGGGGACAGGCCCGUCACAGCAUUCCUUCUGACCUCCUGCCUGCUGACUCACGGAAGGGGAGUCGACAGGUCAGCCUGACCAAAGCCACUGAACGCCGCGAAACGGCCAAGAAUGUGAAACGGCUGACUUCUCGCCCUAAUGGGCGAUUUUUUUCAGUUUCAUUAAUGGAAAAAUGAAGCUGACUGUCAGACAAAAAGACGCCUUCAUGUCUGCAAGUAUCAGAAGGAAUAUAAUUGCACCACUUUCCUGAUCAUGGUACAAGUCACUGGGUUUAUUAUUAUAGUCAGAAAUAUUCUGUCCUUUGUUCUAUAUCUGUAUUAAUUCUAUAAGAUUGCUGCCAUGCACUGGAUUUACAUCAGGUAACCAUUACCCUGGUGGACUGUAAUUGUAGUUAGUGAAAUCUAUUUGUUGAUUUAUCAAUUUCAAUUUAUUUGUCUGUACAAAUUGUAAUUGUUUUUUUCUUUACUGUGAGUGAAAAUUUUUCUCCCAUGCUGACAUAUACAUCAGUAUAUGGUAUUUUUAUGUUCAGUGUGAUUGGAUAAAAAUAAAAUUAAAUUCAUAGCCAUACAGCCCUACACUUCACAAUAAGUGUCAUCUGAGGGUGAGUCACAAACUUAAUUUAGCCCUUUGAAGAGUACAUUUUUUUGGAAUCUUUUCAUUUUUUUUAUUUUUAUUAUAAGUCAAUGUUAUAGAGCUCUAUUGUUUUCAGUUACCUGUAGCGUUUGCUACAUCAGCAUGAGAAUGUUCAGUAAAGAACAUUAUAAUCAAAUAUUUGCAAUCUUACACAUAAUGUCUGAUGUCUACGGAACAGAGUCCCCAUCUCAUCCUCGGAUGGAUUAUGAAUGUAUUACAAGCUCCCCCUUCUGGUCCAGAGACACCAGUGCUACAGCUAAUAGCGCCCUGUUUUUUAGUAAGUCUCUCAGUCCACAAUGUUAUACAGUCUAUUAACUUGCAGAAGGUGGAAAGGUGGUGGUGUAAUUCAUGUGAGUGGAUUUGAGGAUAUUGCACAAUAUAACAGAACACAAACAUAUUGUAUGGGUUAACUUGAAUUUUCAGACUAUGUGUAUAAAUAAUAAACAAAAUAAUUCUGUUUUUGAAAAAAGAAAGGUGCUUGAGCUUAGUAAAUAACUUAAGGCUAUUAAUGAAAAACAUUGAACACAAACAAUCACUACAAUUUAUGUAGCCUGCCUUACAAGAAUAAUUCAUAGCCACAUUAGAUAAUAUUUAAUUAAACCAUAAGUAUAUCAUAAGCUAUUUUGUUCAGUACUAGGGUAGAUGCACAUAUUACUGUUUUUGUAGAAAAUAUACCCAUUUGAAUUCUGUAAACUCCAAGAAUAUGCAAUAUCAUGGUCUCAAGGACAAUGAUCAAUCGCUGCCCUCAGUGGCAACUUAUUUACAUGCUAAUAUGCAAUUAAAUCAUCAGUAAAAUAAUUUAAAUAAUUAAGAACAGAGGCUGAAUGACCCAACAGCCAAUCACAGCUGGUAAUUCUCCAUUCCUACAUAAAAUGACUUCCUUCUAUUUCAUAGCAUAGAAGCUGCUGUCAGCAGGUCCACGCCUUACUUCUCUAUUUUAAUAAAGGAACAGCCCAUUUGUAAGAGAGGUAGUCCUCGUUGUUAAAUUUAAUGAUGACUAUUCAUAACAACCACACAGUAGCGGGUGCAUUUCACGUGAUUUCCACGUUUAUACUCAUUUGAAAAAGUAUGUUGUGCACUGCAAUUUUGUUUGUUUUCAAAUUACUAUCAAAACAUGGGAUCUAUAUGAAUAGAAUUUUGUAUUGUAAGUAAUACUUGAUUUUAAUAAAUUAAAUUCCUAUUAAA